UUACACAGUUGUUCUUCGACUCUCAUACAAGCAACAUGUUAGCCCAGGUUUUUCUUUUCUCUGCUAUCACUGCUGUGUGUAUUGGUGAGACUGAUCCAGGAAUACUGACAAGAUCUGAACAUGUUGCUCCUUUACUGGGCGGGGGAAGUGUUUCUCAUCAUUCAAAUACCCUUGAAGAUGGUCGAUCAAUAGUCCACCGCCACCAUACACAGACAUCAAACGAUGGCCUUCGUACUUUCUUGACAACUCAGGGUCAGUUUGUCAACCCUGGGCUUGUCCAGAGGGGGAUUUUUCAGAAUUCUCCCGGUUUGCUUCAGGAGCAGACAUUUUUUGUAAAUGAUCAAGGUUUGAUUCGGGCGCAGCAACAGCCUUUCCUGAUUCAAUCUCCAUCUCUAUUCCAGGAUCAAGUGCUCCGUACCAAUCCUGCCGCUCUUUUCCAGCAGCAAGUUCUCAGAACAGAAUCCCCAGCGCUUGUUAACCAACCCUUAGUGAGUGCUAGUGCUCCAGCUUUUCUUCAGCAAGGAGCCUCCCUUCUUCAGCAGCAACCGUCCCUGCUUCAGCAGCAACCUUCCCUUCUUCAACACACUGAUGGCCGAUUCUUUGCCUUAAAUGCUAACCUUCAACCAGGUCAAAUAUUUCAGACUCCUGACGGAAGAAUAUUUACUCUGUCCAGUGCUAGCAAUACCGAUGCUUCUGCAAUCAGAGAAGUAGACGCUACAGAAAAUGAAGAUGAAUCAGAUUAUGAAUAUGUGACUGAGGAAGAGUUAGAAGAGGAAGCUCCAGCUGUUCUGGACAGAUCUAACUCUGCAGCCCCGCCACCUGCUCUCCCUGCUCCACUACCUGCCCUUCCAGCACCAGUUGAAGAGCAAGUUGCUCGGCUUCCACAGUACGGUGGACGGACAGUAGCUUCUCCUGUAUCAACUUCUAGGUUUGCAGUGUCACCUGUGUCUGUAUCUCCUGUAGCACUUGCUCCAGCUCCAGGAAGAAGCCACCUACUAGCAGAUUCUAGUACGUCAGUGUUCCAAGGGUAUUAUUCAUUCCCUAAUGCUGGAAUAGAUUUCAACUUUUAGAUUAAUCUCAUAUACAAGAAGAUGUUGUUCAUGUUCUUCUUCUUUCAGUUUUUAUCGAAAUUUUCUUUCCUAAAUCAUCUUCUUUUCCGAACCAACAUCUGCCUAAGUAGAGCUUAUUUCAGAGAAGCUUCUUAUUACAGCUUUAUAGCUAAUACUUUUUACUCGUACUCCGACCAAUCUAGAGUUCUAGUUUUUUCACUAGUCAUACUUUAAACAAAGUUACCAAUAUGUAUUAUACUAAAACCUAUUUAUUGUUAAGUUGUUAAAGAAACUAUAAAUAAAAUUAAAUCUAAAUCUA